CGAUAUCAAAUGUAAGUUGGCUUUACUUUGCCCGAGUCUUGUAUCAUGUACUAAAUUUUGAUGGCUGAUUUUGGUAAGGCUUAGUGACAAUAAAAUGUAUAUAGUGUAAAGAUCACUGCCAAGGCAUGCCACGACUUCAACUAACGCGAAAUUGCGGCAAUAGCUGCGAUUACAAGGGCGUUUGAUUAUAGUGUCGUGCAUGAGUAGUUCGCUGUCGCGACUUGUUACAGGCGGCAUUUGAAGCUCUGGAUAAAUAAACUAAAGGUUUGAUGGUAUUUUAACAUUAAGGCAACUCUCAUGCCCUCGCGUCCUCGUUUGAUUCCGGCUUGUGCUUGAUUAUAAGGUCGUAUAGUGAUAUUUCUGAAACUGAUCCGUUAAUUAAACCUUAACACUUUCAAGUCAUCCAGCGCACAUGUGCUGUCGAUCUCGAAACUAUCAUAAGUAGAAAUUAUAAUUGUUUAACUAAAAUAAGACCGAACUUCGAUUUAUCGUUGUUUGGUGGCUAAUUAAGCUCUAAGGGACCGGUCAUUAUUUAUGGCGGGGGGUGGCACCAAAGAGAAAACGGUUGGGUAAACUAAAUUUUGAGUAAGUAGAAGGUUGGGUAAAUGAAAAACAAAACAACUCAAGGAUUGGGUAAUAAAAAAAUUAUUGUCAUUUCCAAAACAUGACUCACUGAAGUAUUGCGGACUAAAAAGCAAUGGCGACGGUAGCUAGCCCUACUCUGAGGCGGUAACAAGAUAAUGUGAGUUUAAGCAAUUUUAGGUGAUUUAAGCAAAAUCUGCAACUUUAAAGCAAUGUCAGUUUGAGCGAUAUAGAGCGAUUUAAGAAAAAAAUUAAAAUUUUAGGGAAUGCAGUUUAAUGGAAGGUUAUUUCAGAAAUAUACAACUAUAUCCUCCUAAUGAUUACAGUGAAAUUAUUACCAUCAACCGGCCAUGCCAAGCAUUCAAACAUGUGUGUUCCCACAAGCACACCCAUGUAAUGUAUGAAGCAAAAUAUACUUAAUGGAAGUAUGGAACAUGCACAUUUAAUAUAAAGUUACGGUUGUAUUUAACCUUAAUUGGGACUUUGAUAAGAAAAGUUGAAGUCUGCUUGAGGGGGUUCUGGAAACAAACAAUACACUGUAUGCGCAUGAUGAUCAAGUGUUUAAAGGGUAAAUAAGCUCAAUAUUCAUGAUUUUUUCACCAUGUCUGUUUCGAAGCCAUUGGGGCAUAAAUUAAUGACACCACUAUAAUACAUGCCCACAUCAUAUGCAAUUGCAAACAAUUUUCAAGAACGGAGAACGCACAGAAAUCUAUAAGUCCACCUCCUCAACGUAUCAUCUGGUGUUAUGGUCAAUGGCAACCAUCAUAUUUUGAUAUGUUGGGGACGAUGCCUGGAAUCGAGUUCAAUAAAGGCAUUCUCGACGAUAUCGACAACGGAGAUUACUUGGAUGUAUCGCAACGGAAUUUGAGCGUAUUGGAUGAUCUUAUGGCACAAUCUAGUAAAGACAAACGUAUAUAGCUGAUCUUUUUACGAAAGGAAGUCAUCAUCGGAAUUUAUCUAUCAUCUAUAUUGUUCAAAAUAUAUUCCAUCAAGGCAAAGAAAUGAGAAAUAUCAGUCUAAACGCCCAUUAUAUUGUGCUGUUCAAGUCACCAAGAGAUAAACAGCAAAUUUCUAUGCUUGCAAGGCAAGUAGAUCCUGUAAGAGUACAAGAAUUUAUGAGGAGUUAUGAAGAUCCUACGAGCCGCCCUCACGGGUAUUUGAUGUUGGAUUUAAAACCAACAACGAGUGAUGAAGAUCGACUUAAGACGAAUAUACUUCCCCGCGAGAUUGCAAGGUUUAUACAAAAGCAAUCGUAUCGACAACCACCGCUUAUAAAUGCACUGUAUAAUACAUGCCCACAUCAUAUGCAAUUGCAAACAAUUUUCAAGGGUGUACAGUACAGAAUUGCAAUAUAACAACAUAUAAGUAAAUUACAUGUACAUGUCAUGCACUUACCAGUUUGUGUUGAGUUAAAUUUAAAAAUUUUCAUGACGUCAAAUAUUUAUUUAUUUGCAGAUCAAAACAUUUUAAAAUCCUCGUGUUUUGUAUUGCGCCCGCGAUAUAUUAAUGGUCUUAACCGCUGUGAAUAAAAUAUUCAUUCAGUGAACAGGGAGGAAUUCGGUGAUAUUAUAAUAAUUAUAUACAUUUUUACAUAUACAUUGUGCUCAAAAUUUCAGGAAGCGAGUUUCUAGAUACAGAAAGGUUGAAAACUCCGUUUUAUGAAUGGUAUGUAAAAGGUAAUAGUUGUUUACUGUUUAUUUUAUAUUCAGUUAUGGGGAAUUUAAGCGAUGCAUGAGAGUUGCAAAAGUUGCAAGUGUAUAGUCUCAUCGACGUCAUCGUGCAACUAUUAAUAUUGUGCUACAUUCAUUAUUCAAGGCUUCUAUAAACCAUACAUAUGAUUAUAGCUUGUAUAUAAUGAAUUAAUAUAACUAUAACUUGAUUCUGUUGCUAGUUGAGUAUGUCGAGUAUGGGACCUAUGGACUAUGGACUAUGGGUCUUUUAGAUCCUAUUGUAGCACAAUUAAUAUAAAAUCUCCAUAAGGCGGUGAUAAGAUUGUUCUUAUAUAAAUAUUCAUGCAUUGUUCUUAUAUAAAUAUUUAUGACUAUUAAGUGGCCAAAAAUUGUGCCUAGUCAACUUAUUCCACUUUCCAGGUUGCAUCACUUUUGCAAAAUAGCAGCAAUUAAUGAACUUGGUAUUAUACUAUUAAAGAUUUACUAAAUGCAUAUGUAAAGAAACCACGAAAAGUACAUAUAUAUUGUUGUGAGUUUAUGCCACUUAGUGGGAUAUUUGAGUGUUUUACUGUUGGCGAUUUAUUAAAUAUGAGCUUGGGUGAUUUUAAAUUAAUCGGUUUAAGAGAACUUUGGUCAAUUUUGACCUGCGAUUUUAGGCGAGACCUCCCCAGAGUAGGCCGUCACAUGUCAAUACAAUAUGUAAAUCAAUCAGAGUCACCAUCUUGAUCAUUUUCCGAUUUCUUGCGAGACAAAUAGUAUUUCCAACGAAAGUACAUCUGCAGACUACAUGAAACUUUAAACGGCAGAAAAUUUCACAAUCCGUUAUCAAACGCAUGUCACAGAAGUGGUAAAGGACAAAUGUGACAACUGAAUGGUAUCCUUUUGUGACAUUUUCGGCCAGGGGUGGGUAUUUAUUUUUUAAUUGAUAUUUGAGGUUGGGUAAUCAAAUUUUUCGACUUUUGAAUGGUUGGGUCAGCAAAAUGUUUGCCACAAAAAACAAUUCUCUUCGGUGCCACCCCCGCCAUAAAUUAUGACCGGUCCCUAAUAUUCUCGCAACAUCCUCGCAACCCGAGAAUUAUUUUAAGUUCACUUUUUUGUUACAUUCUUUAUUGGAUGAAACAAUGCCGAUUGGGUUGACGGCACAUAAGAUAUUUUGCUUGAGUACAACCUUUAGCUCUACGUGUGGCGAAGUUUUCGAAAGUUUGGCAUUUCGAUCGUUUUCUUUUCGAACCGAUUCGAUAUUGAUUUACCCUACUUGCUACUAUAUUGUAAUAUCAACAAGCAGAAUUAAAAGAAUAACUCUACUUUACGAUAAACUAAACGAAAUAACAUAUGUACUAAAGAGUUAAUAAAUAGACCAAACAAACAAAGCUGUUUGACACUUAAAUUCGCCAUUGUGCUGAACAAAAUAAUAUAGAUCGCGCAGCAUCUGUUACUUCGUGCACGGUUGAGUGUUAUAUUCUAUUUUGGUGUUGUUUAAAUUAAUGAACAAAUCAAGCAUUUUUUGUUGAGUAGAACGGAUGAAACAAUUUUGAAGUCAAUGGUUUAUCGGUAUGUCACAACAUUUCGUACCAGUCUCACAUAAUUAUGUACUAAAGUCUAAACUUUGAUGACUGAUUUUAGUAGGGUAUAAUGAGGAUAUUUUAUAAGUGAUUUGUAAAAUGUAUAAAGAGUAACAUCAAGGCCAUGCACGACACGCUUUCAACUUCAACAACGCGAAUUGACAACAGUAGCUGAAAUUUCAUGAGAUUUUCGAUUAUAUAGUCACAUGCAUGAGUAGUUUGCAAUCACGAAUUGCUACAGGUGACAUUUUAAGCGGUAUUGUACUUCCUUUCACCAAUUAGAUGCGCUUAAUCUACCUUGUUGACCACUAAAGUGCGUAUUCAACUUGCGAGUGAUAGCGCUAGUGAAACGUAGUGGAAGCCAAGUCACACAUUGUCAACUGCAUGUUUCUCUGGCAUUGUUUUAAUUAAAAAAAACAGUCAGCCAUGAUCCACUUUAUGAAAUUAAUACAGUUUAAUGAACGACGUUAAUUAAGAUAUUGAGUAUUUAUUUAAGAUUCAGAUGAGUUCAAGAAUCCAAUUUUUAAUAACAGUGUCGUAGCUUGACUAUGUACACUUUGUGCAAUAGACAAUAUUCUGUAAUUUGCAGUUGUAAUCAGAGCGAAGAUCGAUGACGUUUAGCACUCGCGUGGAAUUUUGAUUAUUCAUUUGUUUUCUACAUAUACGUAUAUUAAAUUGCAUUCUCAAGGAACAAGGUUCAACAAUUUGCGGGAAAAAAGGAUUUCUUGCUGUAUUUUGUCCACCUUUAAUUCGUGCUUAAUGCGGCUAUAUAUUUUCCACCUUCGGCCAUCAGGUUUCUGAUUGGUUAUUCUCGUCUCCUUACGUCUAUGCCGACCGUGUCUAACCUCCUCUGUGGUAUGUCUAUAAAGACCCAUUUCCACUCAGGAAACUUUUUCGGAGAAAGAAAAUUUUGUAAAAUGUGAUUGGCCGACACAUAUAUUUUCCAACUUGAAAAGUUCCAAAUUUUAACAAUUAUAUUUUCUGAAAAUAUUCUGUCCGUGGAAAUUUUUCUUGAUUGAGUGAAAAUAAUCCUUAAACAUGCAGUGCAACUGUGCAAGUAGGCUAAUAACGACGGUUGUUAAAACUGAUAAGACAACGAUAGCUAGCAUGUGAGGUAGAAAACAUUACUCAUAAUAUCUGCCUAAAUUUGAAUUGAUAUUGUCCCUCUUGCGCAGCACAACAAGACGAAUUGAAGAGUGUAUAGAGACGGCAGCCUUAAUGAUGUAAUUUUGUCCGACUGCAGUAUGAAGCAGUUUGUCAAUUUUAAGACUGUUUUUAUCAAUAUAUUGUGGGCAAGAGAUUUCUAACCGCAAUAAUGACAUCGCAUCUCAUGGUUUUCAAUAUCUUUUUUUCUUAACUUUGGCUAUAAAUAUUGUUGCAACAUUACUUUACUAAGUUUUACAUUGGAUGACCAUGAGAAUGUAGAAAUCAUUGCUGCCGAGCGUAGCAAGGCAGCUCCGUAUUCUUGACGUUACAUGCCGUUCUUGCUUUUUCGUGCCCAGUCCCCGGUCGAGUUAUAUUGGGGAAACAGUACUGAAUCCAUGUCAGUCCGUCGGAUGCCAAGAUUUUUCGGAAAUUGUCGUCAGCUCGAGCAUUCGACCACUCUUUGUUUUUAUUCGAUUUUGAUUCGAUUUUAUUUAUUUUGUAUUGCGCUCGCAUGAUUCUUCUCAGGAUUUAAUACAGUUUAAUAUGAGCUUAUUUACAUGCAGUAUGUUGGAUUUUCACGAUGCAAAGGAUGACAAUAUUUUGAAUAAUUCAUGGUAAGGAUAGCUUUAUUUCUUCUGGUGAUAUACAUGAGUGAAGGCAUUUACAUUUAGAUUUGCUGUUUAGUGUUCGAUAUAGAGGUAUUGAAACCAAUAUGAUUUCAUGAAUUUGCAGUAAUUCUAAUAGCCCACUGAUCGUCUUUAUACUUAUACAAGGAGUCAAAUGUACUUUUAGUAUCUGAGAUAUGUCCAUUGGUUUAGCAUUAUAUGUAAUAUACCGGCUUACAUUCAUAUAUUCACCCGCUCAGAAUUUCUUUCUACAAUCUUAAUCAUUACAAAUGAAUGGUCAUCUGAAGCUGACAAAAAUGUCAACAUAGAUUUUGUCUCUUCAUCAGCAGAUUGUUCAGUUGUACUGCAAUAUGGGUAGCCUUGAAGGUGCCAUUAAAACAAUAAUCACGUCGUACUCAUGCGCGAUUUAAUUUUGCGCAUCUUGUUCAUGCUCGUACAGCUUUAAAUUCUGGCAAGAAAUUUUUUGGUUUGUUUAAUAGAACUAUUAACAAUUAACGUAUUUAUAAUGAGUAUUUUUUAUCAAAAGUUAAUCAAAAAGCAAUUAGGUGGCCUCAAAAAUGGUCUCAAAAUUAUGUAAUAAAACUAAAACAUUUAUUGUAUGGUUCUCAUUUGCCUAAUACAAUAAUAAUAAUCUUUUAUUAGCAUUACCAUAUAUUAUAGGUUCAUAAAUGGUAUAAAACUACGGUGGCCCACAAGUGCAACACACAACUAUAUUUCAAACGCACAAAUAUAUCUCAAAACACACAAAUAUACUGAGGUAUAGUUCAAAUGGAUCCUCUUUUCGUUGUGGCUCUUCCAAUGCGGCGCUCACACAUGAUCGUUGCCAACCUUUGACGACAAUGUUUGAGGAUCUGUCUCAAAAUGCAGACAUUCGUAACGGAAUUCGAUUUCUACGUGGAACCUGAGAAUAUCCCGACUGAAAUUGUCCGGGGGGAAGGCAUUUUUUAUUUUUGAUAUUGACAGGACAACUUAAAACAUAAGGUAUUAUAUGUCAAAUGUGUAGAUGCGCAUUAAAUAAAUCAACUGAUUUACAUUACUAACAACCGGUGUCUCACACUGAGUCACAUUAAAUCACAAAGCUUUUCGCGCGGAUUAUAUUUCGACAUUACUAAAAUUCGCGCAACCCAGCGCUGCGCGAAUUCUAGUACUGCGCAAAUUUUAAUACAAGUAAGGUAUAUGAAAUUGUAGCAACAACUCAUGCUAUGCAAGUUUUUAAUGAUUUGCAUUAUUCAAAUAGAUGCAGGUUUAUUAGCAUAGCAUGACCAGUUGCCAUGGCUAGCUUGCCACUGAAUACUGUACAAUAUCAUAUUGUCAUAUAUAUAAACAAUGAUAAUACUUGAAUGAAUCAUUGGACAUGUAGAGUUUAGUUUAAUAAUGGCUGGCUUCACUAUUAACAGUUUAAUUAUACAUUCAAAAGCAAGAAGUUAUAAGCAUUGAAGGGAUUAAUAUAAAACUCCCCAUGCCAAGAAAGUAGAAUUAGAAUAUUUAGCUGAACUUCGACUUUGUGCAAGGUGUUUGAUAUUCAAAUUGCACUUUUCGGUCUUUUCCUGCAUCCUGAACAGGCGUAUUAUCAAUCUCGUACCCAGAGUAUGCCCGUUCGCAAGUUAGGUCAUGCCCAGCACCUAACCUGUGAACGGGCAUACUCUGGGCUGUUUACAUGAUGGAAGGUGGGGGAUGAUUUUGAUAUAUUGAAAUAAGUCACGUACGAGGCUAAACGAAAGUUCAAAUGCUGGUUAACCGAACUCAAAUGUUGUAGAGAAGAUCAUGUAGUUCAAGAAGAUUUUUAUAGCUUUUUGAACAACUUUUCGUUUACAGUUAACUAUAAUCCAUCUCUAGAAAAUAAAGUUUUUCACGAAAUCAUCGCGCCUUAUAUCUCGUCCUGGCAAAGCGGUUUAAGCGAGAUCCGUAUAAACAGCCCUUAUUCAGCAAAUUGCGUAUGCUCCCUUGCCUUUGAUCCCUUGGGGGUGAGGCAGCACUUUCCUUGCGAUAGUAACUUCUAGUAUUAGUGUAUAUCAUAUCGGUUACGAAAAUAUUUAAAGUCCUUUUAUAAAACAAACUGCAUUUUGCUUUACAUAUCCUGGUAUCUUGGACUGUGUUGUCGAUACGAAUCAUCCCGAUAGGCAGUGCAAUAAUGAGUACAAUUUUUAGUGAUAGAAUGUAGAGUUAUUAAGUAACUUAAGAAUGUAGACUAUAUAUUACAGCUAGCAAGCAAUACUAUUAAGCAGUUCGAGAGUUCGUAUGCAUGUACAUUGGCAUCGGCAGUUCAAUUAUACACGUAGCUUAAGGAGCGUUUCUUUUGUAAAUCUAGAUUUGGAUUUUUAGGAUUCGGAUUUUUUGGAUUCGUUAAACAAAUGGAACGAAUUGUGAGAAUCGGAAUUCGCCUGCUGUUUUCCCGCCAUUUUUAAGAUUAGUUUCCUCAUUCUAGAAGGCCAGAAGCUCAAAAGAAACGUUGAAUCCUAAUCAAGAUUCAGAUUGAAUCCGAAAAAUCCAUAUGUGGAGGUGGAUUCAUCAGAUUCGAAUCUAUUUUAAGAUUUUGUUAAAUGAUACUGACAAUCGAUAAUCGGAUUUGAAAAUCAAAAUCCGGGUUGCACUAAAGGAACGCACCCUUAGUGAUGUAUUAUAUUAGCGCGGGCGCUGCAGGACAUAAUUGGAUUUGGCAAGGCAAUUCUGCCAGACAUCCCCCUAAUUAAAAGGGGCUAAUUUGGGUCCUGGUUCUAAUGGCAAAAUCUUGUAUUUCAAUAUCUUACUACUCGUUUCGACUCGUUUGUUGAUUGUAUUUCUUGGUACAUGAGUAACAGUGUGAACCUUUUGUAUGUCACGAAGCAUUUUCAACUGCAUUCUCGAAUGGAAUAAUCUUUCGUAUACAGAGCAGAGAAAUCCCAGAAGUGAUGAGUGUCCCAAAUGAACAAUAUUAUAAACGUUCACAAUUCAGUCGAUCGUUUAUAGACACUAUAAAGGCUCACGCAUUUAUGAUAAUACCGAUCACCGAACACUAACAGGAAACAUUCGAAGCACGCACAAAUAAGUCCAAGUAUUCACCCUCCUACCAAGAAAUCGAAAUGUCUGACACACUAGAGUCCAUGUCUCGCACAUUUACAGUAAGUCGAAGUUACGCGCACAAAAUAUUCGAAUUUUUCUAAUUCUUCGUCGAACAAAACACUAAGAGGACAAAGCAUAAUUAAGACAAAUUCAAACAGAGCUCUUCACACCGCGACAGUAAUAUCUAUAAAAUGAGCCCGCAUUUGCGAUGCGUCUUUGCGGACAGUGUCCAAACUUCCCUGAGCUUACCAAUAACGAUAUUUCAUAGUUUAGUCGUUGUAACUGACAGAUUAAAAUUUAAGUUUGAAUUGGUUUUGUAGAUGGAAAUUUCGAGUGUAAACCAUAUAUUUUUAUCACACCUAACAUGGAGCAGUUGCAGUAAAUGCGAAUAUGCCCUUCGGCCAUGCGAUUCCGUUGCAGCGCUCUUAGCAACUGAGCCACACAAUCCACUUGUCGAACUCUAAGAGUAAGUUCGUGUAUACAGCUAAUUCAAAAAAGGUCGUCCUUUGCAAACCUUAAACUCUAAACCUUAAACCUUAAACUCUAAACCUUAAACCUUAAACUCUAAGCGUUAAUGCAUAACGGGGGCCCCUCCCCCCCCCCUCCCCAUAACGGGAGCAUCAUUUUAUCAAUUUAGAAAUCAUAUAUGGGGACCAUUUCUUAUAUAGAGACAUGGAAAAUAUACAUUAUAAAAGCUGCAAUAUUCGACUAUUUACUUUUAAGCUUGAAACUCGGGCUCCCAUUAAGCAUUUCGCGCUUAGAGUUUAAGGUUUAAAGUUCAGAGUUUAAGGUUUGCAAAGGACAACCUUUCUCGAAUUACAUGUAGCUGUAUUAUUAUUAUUAUUAUUUGCAAUCAAAAGAUCUUCAGCCCCCAAUAUAAAUUUAAGACAUUUUCUAAGUCUAUGAAUACAACCAAAUACAACAAUUUUCGAUCCAUUUCAAUAAUCUAUACAUAUCCUUACAACUUGCAAUGUGAUUAAGUUUGUAAACGUCUAUGUAUAUGUAUUCUUAGGUUGAACAAAAACUAUGAAAGCAAACGCUCAUCCAAAAGACAAAGCAACUUUUGUAUCUAAAGCGACACUCUGGUGGAUUGUUAAUUUGUUAUGGAGGGGAAAUCUAAAGCCACUCAAUCACGAUGACCUCGAUCCUGUCAGAGAAGAAGAUCGGGCUCACUAUCGAAACAAACAGUUUGAGAAGAUUUGGAGAAAUGAGAAAAUCUCUGCACAUAAAAAAAAGACAAAAGCUAAACUUUGGAAAGCAAUGCUGAAAUAUUUCACGUGGAAAGAAUAUGCUUUUUUGAGUUUUACAUGUUUCCUUGCCGUCUCAGGAAAUACUUUAUAUCGCUAUUCUGUUCUUAAAUUAAUUUAUGCUUUGAAAAUUAGUGUUGACCACGGUUUGCAGUCCAGGAAUCAGUACCUUGUCAACGUAUGGGGCAUAAUUAUCGGAAAUUUACUUGAAAAUUUUGGCAUUCGACAUUUUAAUCUUAUUACACCCACUUUGGGAAUAAAAUCCAGAGCAGCUGUUGUUAACUUGAUUUAUCAAAAGGUAAGCAUUUUGAUCACUCUGAUAGCUUAUCCUCUAAAAGAUUAUUUCACCAAAAGACAAUAUAAUCAUAUGCUAUGGAAACUAGUAAGUUAUUUAUGUACUGUUUAAUUCAAUAAACUUACAGAAGUGUUGUAUUAGGUUCAGACCUCUAUCACCAAGAGUCAAUACUGUAUAUGAUGUUCUACAUUCAUAUGUGCAAGAAAC